UUUUUGCGACCUCCUCUAUUUUAUAAUUUUAACAAAUUUCCUUUUUUAUUUAAUUGACAAAUUUUUGUAAUAUUUCUGGUGGAAUACUACAGAAAUGAUAAAGAGCCUCAUAUUUGUGGUUUUGUUGGUUGUCAGUGAAUGUUUCGUGUUGCAGGCAGCCGCAAAGUCUCCAAAUGCAUCGACAGAAGAAGAACUGUUGGAGCCGCAAUGUUCAAACUUAAAACGACAUGAAAUUGAGUCACACUUAUCAACCAAAACUCCCUAUCGAGUAGUAGCUAACUUAGAUGAUAAACCCAUUACAUAUCCAGAAUGUCGAGCGACUCGUAUUUGGUCUGUUAUUCGUCAUGGCACACGAAAUCCCAGUAAAGAACACAUUGAGGGAACGAAAUUCAGAUUAGUACAAUUAAAAGAACAAAUUCUUAAAAAUCCUCAAACUAAACUAUGUCCUGAAGAAUUGAUUCGUUUGCGCUUUUGGAAUUUUAAUAUCAGUAGCGAAGAAGAAAAAUAUCUUACGGCCGAAGGGGAGGAUGAAUUGCAGGAGUUAGCCGAACGUAUGCAGAAUCGUUUUCCAAACCUUUUGGUUGAUGAAUAUGACCCCGACUUGUACUACUUCAAGUACACAAAGACGCAGCGCACCCUAAAGAGCGCCGAGAGUUUUACUUCUGGAUUGUUCGGAAAACAUGGCAUAGGAUCGGUGGAAUAUCCAGAAGCUUUGCAUAAAGAUCCAGUUUUAAGGUUUUAUAAACUUUGUAAAAAAUGGCAAACUGAUGUUGACGAUAAUCCAAAGACAUUUGACAAUUCAAAACGUUUUCUGCAAGAACCUGAAAUUAUUGAAGCCGUUAACCAUAUGCGUCGUCGCACACAAGUCCAAAAUAUUACAGCAGAAGACGCGAAACUCAUUUAUACAAUUUGCGGUUUUGAGACAGCUUGGUAUCCUCAGCAAGAUCCUUCGGUGUGGUGUAGUCUCUUCAAUACGGAUGCUAUUAGAGCUUUCGAGUUUUUCGAAGAUCUUGAAUACUUUUGGAAUGACGGUUAUGGUUACGAACUUACACAUCGGAUGGCCUGUGCAGCUAUGAAAAAUAUGUUCGAAUAUAUUGAUCCGAAUUCGAACAAACCAAACGCCACCUUUUAUUUCACACAUUCUGGCACACUGCUAAAAGUCUUGGCUCACCUCGGUCUCUAUAAAGACUCAGAACCUUUGACAUAUAGGGAUUUCGGACGUGAGCGUGCCUGGCGGACCAGCGUUAUCGACGCAUUCGCAACGAAUUUAGCUUUUGUGCUAUACGAGUGUGACAAUGGCAAUGGCCCCAUGAUCUUAACACUGCAUCAGGAGCGUCCAAUUCGCUUACCCGGUUGUCCACAAGAUCAAGAUCUUUGCAGUUUGAAAACUUUAAAAGAAAAAUAUAACCGUUAUUUGACAAGCUGCGAUUUAGAAGAGAUUUGCCAUAUCCAUCAGGAGCAUGAUGAAAAUUGAAAAUAACUAUAAAGAUAUAUACAUAGAUAGGAGUCGAUGAUGAUCAAAAUUCUAGCAAAUAGAGACUAUUUAAUGCUUAAAUUUAUAAACCGACAGUAGUUAAGUUAAGCUGUUGUCUUUCGUCGCGCCGAGGCUACGAAAUGUGACUUAAUUGUAAUUGUUUAUUAUUGGACUUGAAAAAUGUUAAAUGUCUGGGAUUAAAAAAACAAAGGAUAAAUGCGAAAACAAAAAAAAAAAGAGAAUACAACCAAAAGCAGCGACACGGCUGUUUUACCUACACACAUACAUACAUAAGCACGCCUAAAAUUUAUAAGAACACUGAAAAUGCAUAUACAAAAAAUUUACAAAACAUAAUUA